UUCUCCUGUCAACCAAACUUCGACUCUUACGAAUCUUACCCCAAAUGAUAUUCGUUGUCGAGUUCUUCUCUCUACUUCUCAAGCAAAUCUUUCCACCCACCAUACAAAGUGACUGAGAGUACACAAAACGAAUAUCGGAGUCUAUAUACUGUGACCCAUUCGCCCCUGGACAUCUUGCCCAGAAGCAACGAUGUUAUCAACCGGAUCUAAUAUCGAGGGACGGCCCCCAAACACCUUCAAGACAGCCGAUGCUGAGAAGGGCGCUGGUUCUGGAAGCGACAUUCACCGUGAGGUGCUCGCAUCCUUGUCCAGCAGUGGCCAUGGCGACAAAACCCAUCGGAAGCUCAAGUCGCGCCAUAUCCAGCUGAUCGGCAUUGGAGGUACCAUUGGUACGGCCUUCUACGUCCAGAUCGGCAAGGGUCUCCUAAACGGAGGACCUGCCAGCUUGUUCCUGGCUUUCACCAUCUGGUGUACCUUCAUCCUCGCCAUCACCAUGUGCAUGGCCGAAAUGGUCACCUACCUGCCCAUCUCCUCGCCCUUCAUCCGCUUUGCUGGCCGUUACGUUGACGAGGCCUUUGGAUUCGCUGCUGGCUGGAACUUCUUCAUCUUCGAAGCAGCCCUGGUGCCCUUCGAAAUCACCGCUUGCAACAUUAUUAUUCACUACUGGAGCGAUGCUGUACCGGUUGGCGGCAUUAUUGCCAUCACCCUUGUGAUCUACGGAUUGGUCAACCUGUUGGCUGUGAAGUGGUAUGGUGAAACCGAGUUCUGGGCGGCGCUGGGCAAGUUUCUUCUCAUCGUGGGAUUGCUCAUCUUCACCUUCGUCGUGAUGGUGGGCGGAAAUCCACUGGGAGACCGGUUUGGGUUCAGGUAUUGGAAAGAACCUGGCGCCUUUACCGAGUUGUAUUACACUGGAUCACUUGGUCGCUGGUUGGGUUUCCUUCAAUGCUUGAUUCAGGCGAGCUUUACCAUUGCUGGUCCGGAUUACGUUGCCAUGGCCGCCGGCGAAGCAGAAAACCCCCGCGUCGUCAUGCCCCGCGCCUUCAACGCCGUCUUCUACCGUCUCACAGCUUUCUUCGUCCUCGGCUCCCUCGCCGUCGGCAUCCUGGUCCCUCACAACGACGCCGAGAUGGCACUCGCCUUUUCCUCCGGCGCGCCUGGCGCCGCCGCCUCACCCUACGUCGUCGCCAUGAACCGGCUCCGCAUCCGCGUGCUCCCCGACAUAGUCAACGCCAUGGUGCUCACGGCCGCCUUCUCCGCCGGCAACAGCUACGUCUACUGCGCCUCUCGCUCGCUCUACGGCCUGGCGCUCGAGGGCAAGGCGCCCAAGGCGCUGCUCAAGUGCUCCCGGUCCGGAGUGCCCAUCUACUGCGUCAUGAUCGUGCUGUGCAUCGGCUUGUUGGCUUUUCUGCAGGUUAGCAAUAAUGCGGCCGUGGUGCUCUCGUGGUUUGUUAGCUUGGUGACGGCGAGCCAGUUGAUCAACUAUAGCGUUACUUGCACCGCGUAUCUGAGAUGGUACGCGGCGCUCAAGGCGCAGGGAAUCAGCAGGGACACGUUGCCGUAUAAGGGCUUGUUCCAGCCGUAUGCGGGGUGGUAUGGGCUUUGUGGCUGCUGUGUUAUGACGUUUGUUGGAGGGUAUACGGUGUUUUUGCCGGGGCAUUGGAACGUUCCUACGUUUUUGUUCUCGUACACCAUGAUCGGUGUUUGUCCUGUGCUCUUUGUGGUGUGGAAGAUCGUCAAGAAGACCAAAUUCCACAAGGCCGAGGAGAUUGACUUGUACAAGAACCUUGAUGAGGUGGAGGAGUAUCAGGCAAACUAUGUGCCCACCCCGUCUAGGAAUCGGUUCGAAUGGGUCUUGGACUGGUUGUUUGGGUAAACAUCAGAAGGCAUUCAUCUGGUAAUGCAGGUUUGAUAUUGGUCAGAGAAAACCAAACUGCCUAGCAUUAUGGGAAUCGAUCUAGCAAUGGGUGGCAUAUGAUGUCUGUACAUAUACUUGGAUACCCAUAGCGUUCUAGAAGCCAAGCGUCUUUGUCAGCUAUAAACCUCGAGUUUGCCCUCUCCUACCUCUUG